GCACAAUCAACGGCUAUUAUACACCGCUCCCUCCCAGUAACUAAAAUAUUUAAAUAACAAUAAAAUAACAAAAAGGUUAAAAAGAUAAUUUAAACAUAAAAAAACAGAGAAAAAAGGCAACAUAUUUUUCCUUCUUCCGCUUCUUUUACAGUCCUUUUAAAACCCUAAUAAUGGCGUAAAAUCCUCAAAAUUCAGAAGCCACUCUUCCCAAAUAAGCAAUCAUGAGAGGAACGAAGCGCUCGGCAAUCUCCGAUUCAACUCCUAUCUUCAAUAAUUCCAACGAUUCCUUUAUGCAGAGCAAGAGAGUAACAAUGGGAUCGCCGUUCGAUCCACAAAAGGCAGAGCCGUCAAUUAGGCAGCCGCCAUUGGAUACACAGAGAGCUGAAUCGUCGAAACAGCAUGUGAGAGCUCUCAAUACCCAAUUUGCAAGUUGGGUACAAGCUCAACUACAAAACCACCCUGACGAGCUUUGGGAAGAUGGAGUACAGGACUACUUAAAUCAUGCUACAAGCAUCAUGGUGAAAUUUAGUGACGUUGUUAACUGGUUGAAAGCUACUGCUGCAAAAGGAGGGAGUCUAGGCGAGCUCCGAUCUGAUGAUGCUCAAACAAAACCUGCAUCGGAAAUUGCGAAGAACAGUUUUAAGUUGUUUAUGGACAAACCUGCGAUUCCGACGGGAACAACUACAAGUUUUCCUCCAGCAACAACUACAAGUUUUACUACAGCAACAACAUCAAGUUUUACUACAGCAACAACAUCAAGUUUUCCUACAGCCACAGCAGCAAACGUUCCUGCUGCAACAACACCAAGCUUUGGAACAUCGUGGAAACCUGGAGGUCUCUUUAACAAUAAUACUCCUUUCACAUUUGGAGGAAGCCAGGUUUCAAUUUUUGGAAAUGCCAAUGCAGUUCCGUCUAGCGAUGGCGCUUCAAAUGAGGCUGACGGGGAAGAUGAUGUCGAACAGCCUAGCAGCCCAUCCGUGAAAAAGAGUCAAGAGAAGGGAAUUAUUGUUGUGCACGAAGUAAAAUGCAAGCUUUAUGUAAAGUCAACUGAUCCAACGGACAAAGAUACUUGGAAAGAUAAAGGCAUGGGCCAACUUAGUAUCAAAUGCAACGAAGGCAUCAGUAAGGGCACCAAAGAAUCGAAACCAACCAUUAUUAUACGUAACGAUGUCGGAAAAGUGCUACUCAAUGCACUGUUAUACCCCGGCAUCAAAACAAACAUGCAAAAGAACUCUGUAGUGACAAUAUUUCAUACCUCGGCUGAUGGUGAGAGCAACGACAAGGUUGUUGCUCGGACUUUUUUGAUGAAAACAAAGAACGAAGAGGACCGGAAUAAACUAGCAGCUUCUAUUAAGGAAUAUGCUCCUGCAGUUUGAGAUUUUGUAGGUUAAACCAUUUUGUGUUGUACUUCUAGCUGGAGAGCGACAUACUUGCAUUUGCAUUAUCGGGAUUUUCGCAGGCUUGUAAUUUUUGAAGAUUUUCGAAGGGGGCUUAAAAGGGAAGUUUGGUAAGAUGUAUAAUUAUAAAUACAACUUCAUAUAAAUUUUAGGGAAAGCAAGAUAUAUGCUGUGCAGAAAAAAACAUUUUCGAAUGCUCUUUCAAAUAACUUUUAUUUUUUGUUUUUUUCGCUU